UGAGCACGUUUCGUUAGGUUAAUUGCCCCGAAUCACGAUGCAUGGUCACCACUCGGAGGCGGAGCGCGUUGUCUACGGCGCCUGGGACGAUCCGGGAGUCUCGAUCUUCGCCACCGCCGCCCAGGAGCCGGUUCCCAACAUGCUAUCCCACAUGAAGCCACUGCCAAAUGGCGACGACUGUGUCAUCGACAAGGAUGCCUGCCGCCUGAUGUCGCAGUCCUCGGUGGCGGAGAACUCGCUGUUCCGCCUGGUCAAGUUCCAAGUGGAGGAAGUGGCCGCCGAGCGGAACAACAACAUGCAUCCUCGCCAGGGACAGGAGCGAACCGAUAGCGACAUUACCCUCGGCCUGGCGAGCGAGUUGGCCCGCCAGCAGGUGGAGGCCAGCAGAUGCCUCCAGCUCCACCUUAAUGUGGCAAACUUGAGGGAUCUGGAGAUGGAGGUGGCCAAGGCCCACACCGCUCUAUCGAUAAAGUCCAAGAUCAUGAGCAAUGUCAAGCAAUCGCUGGAGGAUAGGCAGCGGGAGCGGGAGGAGGCACUGGCGCAACAGCGUGCCGUAGAACAGGAGCAGCUGGAGGAGAAGAGGCGGCGGGCGCAGAAGGCGGCCGCAUUUCGCAGUGACCUUAUGACCCAGAUCUCAGAGGCAAGAAUCAAGCGCUUAAAGGAUCAGAAGCAGGCCAUCGAGGUGGGACGUCGAGAGCUGAGCGAUUGCAAGUCCAAGAUUGAGCAGGACAACCUCAAGGACGCAAUCAACAAGGUGGAGCAGCGCAGGGUGCUCCUGGAGUCGCUGGACCAAUCGGCAGCCAUGCUGCGGCAAACUCGGGAGGCCUACGCUCUGGCCCAGAAGAACAAGCCCGAAAGAGGAGUCCUAGACGCCCUGGGACCCGUAACGGCGGCCUUUGUAUCCAAGACAAGGAAGCGACAGCUGGACGAGAUCCAGGCUAGGGACAUAAAUGCCGCUCGACUGGGCUUCCAGCUCAGCCAGAUCAAGCACGAUCUAGAGUCCCGCGAUCAACUGAUCACCAACCUUCUGAUCCGCGAGUUCCAGGCCAAGGAGAACGCGAUGGUACUGGAGAAGGCCAGGACCAAGAUGGCCAAGAAACAGGAGAUCCGCGAGCAGCUGCUCAGCCAGCGCGAGGAGCAGAAGUUCUUCCGGGACAAGGCCGUGCAGGAUGCCCUGGUCAAGCCGAAGGAUCCCAUGUGCUUCGGGGAGCGACAGUACCGAAUGCAGGUGGCCCAGCGAGAGAACACCCGGAAACUGGACGUCCAGUGCUACAAGGACAUGGCCGAUAUGGUGGUGGAGGGCAAGCGACGCAGGAUUGCCGCCGCGCAGGAGGUGCGCGACAUCAUCCAGGCGGUGGACAAUAUGCAGCAUCACCAGGACGACCUCGUGGCCGCGGAACGUAUGAAGUUGCUCUCCAAGCAGCCGGCCGAAGUGCUAUCCGCUCUUAAGAAAUCCAUCCUCACCGAGGAGGAGAUCAAUACCUUUAACCUGAAGAAGUGAAUAACCAGUUUCCCAAAUACAUACUCCUUUCCAUUGGUCAGCUUA